AUGAAGGCUCCACUGGCGGCCGGGCCCCGGCUGGCCUUGGCCCUGCUGCUGCCGGCCCUGCUGGCGCUCCUGCUGCCGAUCGGAUCGCUGUCGGCGCCGAUCACCACCAAGCAAUCCGUCUGCGCCCUGGUUACCCUGGCCGGUGGCUCGCAGGAAAUCCAGCAGCUCCCCCUGGUCCCGGAGGUGACAAAUGUGAUGUACAUGCGGCCGAUUGAGUCGCUGGCCAUGCUGGAGGAGCACAAUCUGGACUUCGUCCUGCACAUGAGCCAAGCCUCGGACGCCUAUCAGCUGGGCUCCACGGACUGGCACUUCCACCAGGACCGACUGCCUUUCCUGUGGCAGGAUCCCCGGUGGGGGUCGCUCUUGCACAAGGACCCGCAGGGGGGAAGCCGUCUUCUCCUGGCAGGGCGCGAGGCCGGCUGGCCGGUGCUUCUGGUGCCGGUCCCGGAUGACGCCCCGGUGCUCCUCCAACACUCCGACCUCGGGGCCAACAUGCUGCCCAGCAUCCCGAGCAGCUCCUUCAUCCACGAGAACAUCAAGGUGCUGGCCGCCACGGCCACCUCCCCCGGCCAGGUUAUCAUGCUCUUGGUGGACCUGGCCACCGACGCCACAUGGCAGGUGCUGCUGUCGCCCACCGCCGAGCCCAGCUCCCGGGAGAUAGUCCUCGGCAACAAGAAGCCCUCCACCCCCUGGCGCGGGGCCAUCGCCGAUGGGGCCCAAGAUGGGGCCUUCAUCGCGUGGGCCAGCCAGCAGCUACUGCAUCUGACAUGGGCCGGUGCCCAGGCGGAUGUGGUCUUCACCAUCGAGCCCGGGUGCACCAUCCAGUCGGUGGUGCUGACGCGUCUGACCACGCCCCAUGAGCAGGAUCUGGCGGUUCUCUUUCGGGAUGGGUCUCUGCUGCUGGCGGAUGUGGUCUUCACCAUCGAGCCCGGGUGCACCAUCCAGUCGGUGGUGCUGACGCGUCUGACCACGCCCCAUGAGCAGGAUCUGGCGGUUCUCUUUCGGGAUGGGUCUCUGCUGCUGGUGCGCGGCUUCCGCUCGGCCGGGGCAGUCUUCCAUUGGACCCGGCUGCCGGCCGGGGCCCCGGCCACCGGGACCCUGGUGGCUCCCGAGCCCCGGGGCAUGACCGCCCCCCUGGGCCGACUGCUGUACGUGGCACCCAGGGAUCCCGGCAUCCCGGCCGGCUAUCAGAAUACCUGGCAGCUGUCCUGGGCCCCGGCAGCCGGGGCCCCCCCGGCCGACAUGUGGCAAUGGGAAAAGCUGGACCUGCCCGGGCUCAGCUCCGGUGUGUGGCCUCGGUUCUUCCGCCACCGAACCAUGCAAGACUGGCUGCUGGAGGCCAACGGGUGGCUGUACCUCGGGCCCAGCCAAUUCGAAUGCGCCAUCGACCACACGAUUGUCUGCUCCACGGCGACAUCCAACACGGGCUGGCUGUGCCAGUCGGGCCGGGAGCUGUCGCCCAUGGUCUUCGACCGGAGGCUGUGCACCGGCUGCGUCGAUGGCAGUGCCCUGCAGCCGACAGAUCGGAAGAGCACACGUCUGUGCCAGUCGGGCCGGGAGCUGUCGCCCAUGGUCUUCGACCGGAGGCUGUGCACCGGCUGCGUCGAUGGCAGUGCCCUGCAGCCGACGCACCUCUCCGCCUCUGCCUGCCUGGCGUGCGUCGUCCGUGACUGCCUGGUGUGCACGCCCGACCAGCAGUGCCUCAUCUGUGCCAAGGGGUUCAUGCUCCUGUCGGACAGGUUCACCGGGCAAAGCAGCUGCGUGGAGACCUGCCCCGCCGGGACAACCGCCUCCGAUGGGGACCUGUGCGCUUGGGCCCUGAAAGCCUCGAUCAUGCCCACACCCAGCAGCUUUACCGGGCCCCAGACCGGGUACCCGGAGCACACCCGGCUGGCAGUGCAAUCCCCCCUGGGGGUCCUGCCAUCCGGGACGUUUGUCCUGAACACCGACCAGCAGGGCCGGCCCCAUGGAGUGCUGAUCCUGCCCACAUCGGAGGCUGGCCCGCUGGCCAUCUCCCAGUCGACCGGCCCGGCCGGCCCCAUCCACGCGUCUUUCAUCUCCACCCAGUUCAUCCCGGCGAAUACCCUGGGCGUGGUGAGCCUCGGGCCGACCCUUGUCAGCGGGUCCAUGGUGCUGGUCACGGCCGCCUGCGUUGGGACCCACAUCGCACUGACCCAGUGGCGGUGCAGCAGCCCGGUGGGAUCCCCCGGGCCCGGCACAUGCGAGCCGAAUGCCACCACUCCGCCCACCCAUGGGCUCCCGUGUACGGACAUCCGCCAGACGGACGCCACGGUGGCGGUGGUGCGCGGGGCCGGCGCCGAUGUCGCUGCCUUCUUCCUGUUGUACCUCGUCACCGAGGAGGGCACCCUAUCGGCGGUGCACCGGCGGCUGCCAUUUGUCAUCCGGCCGGCCGCGGCGCAGCACGCCUUCCCGGUGGUGUUCCCGGCCAUGGGCGGCACCCGGCGGUGGGUGCUGCUCCCGGCGGACCCCCUCGGCCGGAUGGGGCUCCUGCCGGUGGACAUGCUCCAAGAGCAGGACCCCCGCCUGGUGGAAUACCCCUACGACGCGCUGAGGACUCUGGAUGAGGCGCAGCUGGGCCUGGCCACCGGCCGUCGAGACUGGCUGGUGCCGGUGGUGCUGAGCACCGACUGGCGGUCCAGCCAGCAUGCGGAUGCCCUGGUGACCGGGCUUUUGCCGGAUCAGGCCGGCGGGUCGAUCUGGCUGGCCCGGCACCUGCCCGGCAUGAUGCGCCCACAUGGCCGGUUCCAAAGCAUGCCGGCCCGGGACCAGAUCCUCCUGCGGCUGCCGGGGGUGGUCCCGGGUGGCCCCACCUCCUGGCGCGUUCUGUCGAUGGACCUGGGCAUCGGCCCGUAUCCGAGCAUGAUGAUGCUGCUGGCGCCGGGCGGCCGGGUCUUCGUCAGCCUGCUCUUCUGCCAGGCCACCGGCGUGUGGCCGGUGUGCGCGCUGGAGCCGGCCCUGGAGCUUGGCCUCCUGCCGCCCGGGGCCGCCAGCCAGCUGGACGCGGUGUCCCUGGUGCGCAUGCCCACCCCGGAGGAGGAUACCACCGGCGGCGGGCAGGCGGCCGUCGCGGCCGAUCCGCCGAUCCGGCAGCGGCUCUUCAUCUCGUCGCCCCAUUCCAACGGCCUAUUGGUGACCCUGUCGCUGGGGGAGUGCCCGGCCGGCAGCCACUGGACCGGCUGGGGGGGAUGUCAAAUGUGUGACCACAUGUGCCUGGAGUGCGAUGGCCCGGGCCCAGGAAGCUGCCUGAGCUGUCGGUAUGGGGGGUCCACGCCGGCCGGGGGGUCUGGCACAUGCGAAGCCGUCUGCCCGGCCGGGCAGUAUGUCGGCCCGGAUGCCUGCCUCCCCUGCCCCGGGGAAUGUGCCACAUGCAUGGCCCUGGGCCCGGUGAAUGACCCGCGGCCCGGGUGCACUUCCUGCCCGCCGGGCUUCCUGCUGGACCCGGGGGCCGGGGGCCUGCCGGGGCCGGCGGGCCUGUGCAUGCCCUGCAGCCCGGCAUGUGCCACUUGCACUCGGCUCGAUGAUGACACGGCCUGUGAUGCCUGUGCGGCGGGGUACUUCCGCAAGCGCGGCGGGGCCUGUGUGCUGGCAUGCCCGGAUGGCGAGUUCGGGUCGGCCGACUCCGGCCAGUGUGAGCCCUGCUCGGCCGGGUGCACCGCCUGCACCGAGGCCCAGGAGUGCACCCGCUGUGCCGAGGGCCGCUUCCUCCAGGGGGGCGUCUGCCCUCGGUGUGAUGGAUCGUGCGCCGCCUGCACCGGGCCGGCGGCCUGCACCGUUUGCCAGGCGGGCCUGGCCUUUGAGGACCCCUCCCCCGGGCUGGCCAGCCUCUGCACCGGGGUCUGCCUGCCGGGGGACUACCUGCCGGGUGUUCCGGGCCCGGGGGACGGGCCCUGGCGAUGUGCCACCUGCGCCGGGACUUGCGAUCUGUGCGCCGAGACGCCGGAUGCCUGUCGGGUGUGCGCCGCGGGCCACCGGUGGGCCGGGCCCUCGGCCCCGACCGGCCAGGCCACCGGGCCGUGUGUCCCCUGCCCGACCGAGUGUUCCUCCUGCACGGUGGGCCUGGGACCCGGGGCGCCGGACCGGUGCCUUUCCUGUGGGGGGGGCUGGUUCCUGACGCGCGAGGCCGCCUGCGUGGGGGCCUGCCCGGCGGGCAUGUUCGGCGACCUGGCCUCCGGCACAUGCCAGCCCUGUGCCGUGGAGUGUGCCCAGUGUGGCGGCCCGGCGGCCGACCAAUGCACCGAAUGUGCCGGCGGGCUGGACCUGGUGCCGGCCGGGGCCGGGCAGACAUGCGUGUCCGGCUGCCCGGCCGGGCAGUACCGCCAGCCCGGCACCGCCGACUGCCAUCCCUGCAAUGAGGCCUGCGCCGAGUGCAAUGGCCCCUCGGACCGGGACUGCUGGCGAUGCACCGGUCUGGUGCUGCAGGAUGGCGAGUGUGUGCAGGAGUGCGCCGCCCGGCAUGCCCCGGUGGCGGCCCGGUGCCUGCCGUGCCAUCCCUCCUGCGGGGCCUGCUCCGGCACCCGGAGCACCGACUGCCUGACCUGCGGGUCGGGCCUGCUGGAGCUCGGCACCCGGGGCGUGGACUUGCGCUGCCUGGCGUCCUGCCCGGUGGGGUUCUCCCCGGCGACCGGGGCCGCGGCGUGUGUCACCUGCCCGGAAAAUUGCGUGCGGUGUGCCGGUGCCGGUGCCGGUGCCGGGUCCUCGGGCUCCACAUGCGACCAGUGCGCUCGGGGGUGGCUCCGCGCGCCGGCCGGGUCCGAGGACGGCCUGGCCUGUGUGGACACCUGCCCGGAGGGGACCUUCCCCUACAGCGGGGCGUGCAGCCGGUGCCAUGACACCUGCGGGGCGUGCUUCGGCCCGGGGCCCGGGCACUGUUGGGAGUGUGCGCCCGGGGCGCCGCUCCGGGCCCCGGAUGACACUUGUGUUGGUGUCUGCCCGGCCGGGUCGUUCGAGGCUCCGGCUGGGUCGUCGGACUCCCCGGCCGGGGCCCGGUGCCAGGUGUGCCAUGCUUUGUGCGGCCCCGGGUGCACCGGGCCCGGGGAUGAUGCUUGCACGGCGUGCCCGCCGGGGCGCCUGCUGGCCGGCGGCCGGUGCCUGACCGCCUGCCCGGCCGGCAGCUAUGCCACUCCGGAGGCCGUGUGCCGGGCAUGUGCCCCGGAGUGUGCCCAGUGCGCCGGGCCCGAGGCGGCCGCCUGCACGGCCUGCCCGCCGGGGCGCUUCCUCACCCGGGCCGAGCAAUGUCUGGACACCUGCCCGGGCGGGGAGGCCCCCUGCCAUGUGUCGGGCCGGUGUGUGCCCUGCCCGGCCGGGUGUGCUGGGUGUGUUGUUUCGCCGGCCAGCGGCCCGGCGGACCCCUGCGCCGUGGAGUGCGUCGCUUGUGACGUGGGGCUGGUGCUGUCCCGGUCGGGGGCCUGCCUGGCCGGCUGCCCGGCCGGGGAGUUCCUGCCCACCGGCGGCUUGGCAUCCGCCGGGCCGUCGGUAUGCGCGCCAUGCCAGGCCCCGUGUCGCACGUGCACCGGCACGGCCGAGCGCUGCACCUCCUGCUCCCUGCCCGGGGAGGGGUGGCUUGUGCCGGAGGCGGGGCAGUGCGCGGAGGCGGGCUGCCCGGCGGGCCGGGCGCCGGUCAGCCGGCCGGCAGACCCCCCGGGCAUCGGCCCGGCCCGGGUGUGCCUCGCGUGUCCCAUCCACUGCGAGGUGUGUGAGCGCGCGGCCAAUGGCGACUUGCCGGCCGACCAGGCGGCCUGCCGGCUGCCGGCGCCGGCCGCCGAGUUGGUCUGCGCACCGGUGGUCUCCUGUGACCGGUGCCAGCAUGGGUACCUGCUGCUGCGUGGUGGUGGUGGUGGUGGCGGUGGCGACGGCGGCGGUGGUGCGACCACCUGCGUCGGCGACUGCCCCCGUGGGUAUUACGCGGCCCUGGGCACUGGGCCGGCCGCGGUGGAUGCGUGCCUGCUGUGCGUGGCCGGGUGCGCGGCCUGCGCCGGGCCGCUGUCGGAAGAUUGCACCGAGUGGGCGGGGCUCUCGCCGAAGGGUCGUCUCGCUGUCGGCCUGGGCGUCGGCCUGGGGAUCCUGUUCCUGUUGCUCCUGAUUCUGGUGGUCCUGGCGCUGGUGUACUUCCUGCGUCGGCGCAAUGGGGCCAAGCCGGCGGGCGACGGUGACGAUUUCGACUCCACCGUGCUGAAUACGAUUGUCGAGCUUUCCCUGCCCGGAAGUAUCCUGGUCAACAUUGGGGCUGAUUUUGCCCCCCUGCCAGGCGAGAGCCUCGGUGCGGGGACGCAGGCGUCCGUGUAUGCGGCGCGGGCCGUCGGUGCCGGCAUCUCGGACCGCCUGGCCUGCCCGUCCACGGUGGCCAUCAAGCGCAUGAAGGAUGGACAAUCGCGCUCCGCCGCCCAAAUGGCCCUCUUCCAAAAUGAGGUGGCACUGAUGUGGCUGCUGCGCGACCAGCCCGGCCUCGUGCGGCUUUACGGCUACAGCGACAGCCCGCCGUCCCUGGUGAUGGACCUCUACCAGGCGGAUCUGGCGACGCUCCUCCACUCGGAGAUCACACUGUCAACGCACCAGGUCCUGGGCAUGGUCCAAGAUUGGGCCACCGGGCUCGAGGCCAUGCACGCGCACGGCAUCGCCCACUGCGACAUCAAGCCGGGCAAUGUCUUCGUGCGACAAGAGCACCCGGCUGGGCCCUGGCGCGCGGCCCUGGGCGAUCUUGGCACCUCGCGCAAUCUGUCGACCGAGCGCUCCAGCGCGCUGACUGUCACUCCGCCGGCGCUCAAUGCCCUGACCGCACGCUAUGCCGCGCCCGAGGUGUUCGUGGCGUUCGACCGGAAGCAGGCCCUGGAGAAGGAUCUCUGCCUGCAGGCGGACAUCUACUCGGCGGCGCUGCUCCUGUGGGAGUGUCUCUCAAGGCAGGUCCCCUGGCAGGGGCUGGACUUCGCCGGGAUCUCGGAGGCCGUGCAGACGGGCGUCCGGCCAGAGGUGGGCCCGGCCGUGGCCGCGGUUGCAGGCCCGCAGGCCGCCUCGCUGGGGGACCUACUUUCGCUGUGCUGGGACACGGAUCCCCAAACCCGGCCAUUGGCGGCCUCGCUGCGCCAACGGGUGUCCAUGGCGGCCGUGUCUUCGGGGCGAGGGUGCGCGGCGGCCGGGCCGGGGGCGGGGUUAACCCAGCCGUCGAGCCCAGUGUAACCCAGAUGGACAUAUGCUGUUAGGGG